GAGGAGAAAGAAAACGCAGCGAACAAAACACACAAUGGCGACGGCGGCGACAACGGCAGGCGGGACGGGCUCAGGCGGACCGGCCACCGGCCCGGUCGGCGGCGGGACCGCAGUGGGACGCAAAAAGGACGGCGGCCCGUCCACCAAAUUCUGGGAAAGUUCAGAGACGAUAUCCCAGUUGGAGACGGUGCGGCAGUGGGUCGGGAAGCACUACAAGAAGUAUGUCCAGAAUGACUCUCCCUCCAGUAAGUCCCUGGCGGGCCUGGUGGUCCAGCUGCUGCAGUUUCAGGAAGAUGCAUUUGGACGCAGGGUCAACAACCCUGCCCUUACCAAGCUACCUGCCAAAUGUUUCCUGGAUUUCAAGGCAAGUGGUGCGCUCUGUCACAUCUUGGGGUCUGUCUACAAAUUUAAGAGCGAGCAAGGGUGGCGUAGAUUUGACCUGCAGAAUCCUUCCCGGAUGGACAGGAACGUGGAAAUGUUCUUAAAUGUUGAGAAGAACUUGGUCCAGAACAACUGCUUGACCCGACCCACUGUCUUCCUGUCGCCGGACAUCGAGCAGAAACAAGCCAGUAAGCUCAAAGACAUCAUCAAAAGGCACCAGGGCUCCAUUACUGAUGACAAGUCAAAGGCAACCCACCACAUUUACCCCUCUCCAUCCCAACAAGAAGAAGAGGAGUGGCUUCGUCCUGUCAUGAGGAAAGACAAGCAGGUGCUGGUUCACUGGGGUCUCUCUCCAGACAGCUAUGACACCUGGGUGUCAGCCAGCGAGGUGGAUGGAGACGUGGAGGACCCGCCCAGCACUGACAGACCAUGGAAGGUUCAUGCCAAGUGGGUUAUAGACACUGAUGCCUACAAUGAGUGGAUGAAUGAAGAAGACUACGAGGUGGAUGACAACAAGAAGCCAGUCAGCUUCCGCCAGAGGAUCUUCCCUAAGGAGGAGGAGUCUUCCCGUACACCCGAUCGCAAGGAGCGCAAGGCCAACCCCGCCGGCAAGAAGAGGAGGCGCUCGCCCUCGCCGCCCAGCACUCCCGCCGAGUCCCGCAAGAAGGGAGGAAAGAAGGGGAACCCGGGGCCUCACUGGAAGCGACGGGGCCACAGAGGCGAAGAGGAGGACACAGAGGAGGACAUGACCAAGGACAUGGACGACUCCUCAGCUGGUGCCAGCAUGGAGGAGGGCAGCAUGUCCAAGAAUGCAAAUUCAAAGAAAGACAGUGAGAAUACUCCUGUGAAAGGAGGAAAUUUGGCCGACUUGGAUGACAUGGAGGAUGACUCUGUGCUUUCUGGUGGAAAGGAUGAUGAGGAACAGGGCAAAGCUGAAAUCAACCGACUGAUGGACGCCAGCGAGGACAACGUGACUGAACAGACUCACCACAUCAUUAUCCCCAGCUACAGCGCAUGGUUUGACUAUAACUGCAUCCAUGAGAUUGAGAGAAGAGCCCUGCCUGAGUUCUUCAAUGGAAAGAACAAGUCCAAAACUCCAGAGAUAUACCUGGCCUACCGUAACUUCAUGAUCGAUACGUAUCGGCUAAACCCUCAGGAGUACCUCACCUCCACUUCCUGUCGCAGGAACUUGACUGGGGAUGUCUGUGCCAUCAUGAGGGUUCAUGCAUUCUUGGAGCAGUGGGGUUUGGUGAACUACCAGGUCGAUUCUGAGAGUCGCCCCUUGCCCAUGGGCCCCCCACCCACACCCCACUUCACUGUGCUGGCUGACACACCAUCCGGCCUCAUGCCUCUGAACCACAGACCCCCACCGAUUCCCCCUCAGCAGCAAAUGCCCAACUUCGCAGACAAAGGCAAAGACAAGGCCAUCGACCUACAGAACUUCGGCCUUCGCACUGACCUCUACAACAAGAAAAAUAUCAAGGGUAAAACGGCCAACUCCAGCAGGGAUUGGACUGAGCAGGAAACCCUACUGCUGCUGGAGGCCCUGGAGAUGUUCAAAGACGACUGGAACAAAGUGUCUGAGCACAUCGGUUCACGCACCCAGGACGAGUGUAUCCUGCACUUCCUGCGGCUGCCCAUUGAAGAUCCAUACAUGGAGAGCACUGAGGCCUCCCUGGGCCCUCUGGCCUACCAGCCCAUACCCUUCAGCCAGUCUGGAAACCCCGUCAUGAGCACAGUAGCCUUCCUGGCCUCUGUGGUUGACCCCAGAGUGGCGUCUGCUGCUGCCAGGGCAGCCCUAGAGGAGUUCUCCCGUGUGCGUGAGGAGGUGCCUGCUGAGUUGGUGGAGGCUCACGUGAAGAAAGUGCAGGAAGCAGCCAGGAGCACAGGAAAGGUGGACCCCGCCUUCGGCCUGGAGAGCAGCGGCAUUGCUGGCACCGCCCCCGAGGAACCAGAAAAGACGGAAACCCCAGAGGCAGAGAAGAUGGACACGGACACAGACUCCCAGCAGGCUGAUAAGGCGGAGUUGAAAGAUGAGGCAGAGAAACCCAGUGAGUCUGCAGAGAAGGGUGACAAGACAGAGGCCACAGACAAGGUGAAGAAGGAGGGAGCAGAGACGUCUGAGCGGGAGGAGGAGAGCGAAGAAGCAGGGGAGGCCAAGACAUCUCCAGCAGAAAAAGACAAAGAUGAGGCGAUGGAGACGUCGUCUUCAGAACAGGAGAAGGAGAAGGAGGAGAAGGCAGCUACAGAGGAGGGAGAUGACAAGAGGAAAAAACUUGAGCACGACAUCGGAGAGGGUAACAUUGCCACUGCAGCCGCUGCUGCUCUCGCAUCUGCUGCCACCAAGGCCAAGCACUUGGCGGCGGUGGAGGAGAGGAAGAUCAAGUCCCUGGUGGCUCUGCUGGUGGAGACCCAGAUGAAGAAGUUGGAGAUCAAGCUGAGGCACUUCGAGGAGCUCGAGACCAUCAUGGACCGAGAGAAAGAGGCUUUGGAGCUUCAGCGACAGCAGCUGCUCACUGAGCGUCAGGCGUUCCACAUGGAGCAGCUCAAAUACGCUGAGAUGAAGGCCAGGCAGCAGAUGGAGCAGCAAGCCGCUGCUGCGGCUGCGGCCGCUGCCCAGGCUCAAGGACAGGGGCAGGCUCCUGGAUCUGGACCACACUCCGGACCCCCUCCAUCAGGCAUGCACCCUGGAGGGCCCCCGCCACACCACGGAGCACCAGUGCCCUUCCACGGAGGGCCCCCACCCGGUGGCGCCAUGCACCCCGGCUAUCCCCCAAUGGGUCACCACCCCAUGGCCCCUCACCACCCAGGACAGACAGGACCGAUGGGACCAGGCCAGCCGAUGCCAGGUCGUAUGAUGCCCGGCCCGCCCUCUGCAGGCCCCCCUCCUGGCGGCAUGCCUCCCAUGAUGCCCCCACGUCACCCUGGAGCUCCCAACGGCAUGUAUCCUGGCCCUCCACCUGCACAGCCUGAGGCCGUACCUGCAGUUCCUGUGGGUCCUCCAGCUCCCGCGAGUGGACGAGUAGCCGACAACUAAGACCUACACACACAAACACACACGAAAGCACACACAAACACACAAAACUAACUCUAUUUCUGUACCCCUUUUUGAUGGCCUUUGCUACUGGCUCGGCAUAUUUCCCUCAACACUCAAAACUACCAUAAAAUUUAUCACAGGACCCCCACACACACAUACAGGACACAUACACACACACACACACACACACACACACACACUCAGGGUUCAGUGGCAAGGGUAACCCAAUUUUCCACACACGCAUCCAGACUUCCUCUCAGGGCACAGCGGCAAGGGUCGUCUAGUAAUGAACACUGUUUUCUGCUCUGUUGGGCCAGUUGGAGGCUGGAGAGAAUGACUCUGUGUACAGAAAACAAAACAAAAGGAGAGAGAACAGAUAUACAACUGUCUGUCUCUGAUUUUUCCUCUUUUACAAAGGAGAUUUAAAUGACACUGUAACCCCCCCCCUCCCCUCCCGUCUCUAUUUAACACACACACACACACACACACACCUCUUCUUGUCGGGUGCCUCUUUCUGCAAGCCAAACACUAGGGGGAGCUAGUGAGACCAGAGGGCCGAUCACACAUGCAGAGUUGUGAGUUUGUGACGAGCAGCCAGAGCUGUAACACGAUAUGAAUAAAACACACACACACACACUGGGGGGACCCAGCCUGCCCUCGCUUUUGUCUUGUCGAGUAUCUACCUCUCGCUCCUCUUUAAAUGAUACACUGUAGUUCUGUGUGUGUGUUUAUGUGUUUGUCUGUGAACAUGUGAGUGAGAGACAGAGGGGUGUUUCAUGGCAGUUCACUCGUCUGCCUUUUUUUGUGCCUCUUAUGUAAUCUUUGGUCAGUAAAAAUUGAAGAAACGAGGCAGCUUGAUGGAUGAGAAAACAUGACUUGACUUGUUUUUCAAGACAUUUUAAAAACUUUUAUCUUGGCGCAACAAAAAAUAAAACCUUAAUUCUAAAAUUAAGACGUUUUCUGGUGUGUUUGACGAGGUAUGUCCCGUUACUUGAUUUAAACAAAGAUGGCAACUGAAAACAGUUGUCACAACAGGGUGGAGUCUAAUGGUGAUCUGCCAAAAAGCAUCAGGUUUUGUCUCAUUUUUGACAAAUGGUCUUCUGCUGAAUGAAUUUUGUUUUUGAAUACUCUCUGACCUCCCUACCCUGUGACUCUUGAACCCUAAAUCCUAUUGGUUCCCACUAAAGAUGUCAGAAAUAUAUCAAUAAUUUUAUGUUAAAAGGUCCAGUCAUUUCCUGAAUAGCCGGGCGCUGUAGUUUUUGGCGAAUGACGCUCAAACAUGAGUAAACAAAGCCUUUGUUGGACACUAUUUUUAGCUGCGGAUCAAUGAACAUUUGGUGCUCUAGUGCAGGAUUUGCUCAAAACAAAUGUGUGUUCAUGGUAAUGAAGGAACAUGUCGCACAUGACAAAAUGUGGCCCAUUUAUGUGUUCAUAUGAAAUGUAUGGCAGAAGAAUCAAUUGGCUGAUUUUGGUUCAUUUGUGGACAAUAAGAAAAAUCUACAAUAUCGCCACACUUGUUUUUUAAACAUUAAAGCAAAAGUCUGAUUACAUGAGGCACAAAUUGAGGCUCGGUCAGAGGAAGGACAGACUGCUAAACACACCGUCAUUCCUCCUGCUGCCUCACACCAACCACAGCACUGUAACACACACACACACACACAGAAAUGUAAGCUAAGCUGAGGCUCACACUGGAGGCUGCGUGCACACACCGACUUGGCCAGACCCUGCCACAAAGCACUGGACAACCAUACACACGCAUAAAAACACACACAUAUACAUAUAAUCUCCUGCUGACCUUCACACAGCCUUUACAGAGAGGGAGACGCUGUGAUGCGGCUCGACUGAACAUGAAUGAUGCUCUUCCUCAGCACGGCGGGCUUCUAGAUGUUUUUAGGUGCUGACACUGUAGCGAAAAGCCUCGUCCCCCGUUCCUCCUCCCCUCACGGUUUCCCAACGCCUAGUGCUGCCUACCUCGCUAACUAAACCUCACACACAUUCACAUUUUUUUUCUUGCUUUUUUGCCACUAGCCACGGGGGUAAAUAAGCAAUAUCCUCAUUCCUGUGUAUCAACCUUAUUGUGGGUGGCACACUGAAAAGUACCGCGCUACAAACAAGGUGCAAUCAUGAUUUCAUAAAUUACUCUUUAAUAAUCCAGUGUCCUGUGGUGUUGUGGUAAAUUAAAAAGGCGCAUAAACACGGGGAAAAACCACCAACCACCUAUUUAUAGAUCUGAAAUGAUGAGUAAGCAAGAAAGUGAACCCAUUUGAUUGUUGUUUUUUAAGCAAAAAUUCCAGAUUCUCAGAUGUGAAUAUGUGCUUGCUGUCUUUGAUGUUGAAGUAAAUAUAUCUUUGUUAGUCGAAGAAAAAAAAAAUUGGAUGUUUAAAGACGUCACCUCUAGGCACAAUUUCAUUAUCUCCAUUUAUUGAGAAAUGAGAAAAUAAUCUGCCCCAAUUUUAAGAUGGAACCAGCAGAUAUUUGGCAACUUUGCUUGGUAAUUAGUUAUCUAGAUUUUCAGUUGAUUAACAAACAAAAACCACAUUCCUCAGCAUUUAUGGCAUUGCAGAUGUUCAUAUUUACAUUGUUUUUGAGCAUUUUAACAGCUUUUCGUGUGUUUGAAAGUUUAUUCUAGACUAUGGAAAUCAGAUGCCUCAACAACCAAAGGAUCAAUUAGCAGCUUUUUCUGCAGUUUUUGGUCUUUUUACAAUCUUGUUCUGCAGAUGAGGUUUCCAGCUUGUCAUGAAAAUCCUUGAAAUGCUCAAAACUAAUACAAUCAAAAGGUCCAGAACAGCUAUUAAAGGACCAUGUUACAAAAUUUUGCCAUCAUCAUUUUCAGCCCUACAUACACGGUAAAUAUAAGAAACCACCUAAGUUAUAUUCAUAUUUCGUUUCCUGACAACAUGUGAAAUUAAUUUGCUUUAUAUAUUUUUCAGUCUCCAAGUAUAAGUAUAAGGCAAUUUAGUGACACACAGGUUGAUAAUAAGCUCGGAUAAAAGCUGUUCUAAUGUGAAGUCUUGACUUAAACUCCUCCUCCUCUGCCCCUUCGCUAGCACUGUUAGUAUCUCUGCUACCUCUUCCUCGUUCAUCCGCUAGCUACCUCUUCUAGAAAUCUUCCUCUUGCUAUCUGCUACCUCUCUGCGCACCCCUUCGCUACCUCUUGUUCCCAUUUCCUUUCUUUUUUUUUUUUAAAUUUCCUUUUCCUGCCCACGUGACUGCUGCAUCACUGACUGUUGCCCUCUUCUCCCGUUCUAUCGGAAGAAGAAAACCACACACCUAAACACACGGACGGUCAUUCACUCUCGCUCUCAUUCACCGCGCCCUCCUUUCCCAUUCAACAUCUUAACAGGCUUGUUAUGUAAUAUCACUUAAAUAUGACGGGAAUCCCCUUACAUAUAUUAUCUUUAAUCAAUACUUUUUUGUGUUAUUGGUAAUGUAUUUUUAAGGAGAAGUUUUGUGUAGAUGGAAGUUAUCUCUGUUCUUUGGAAGUUUGUAGCAUUUGUUUUUUCUUUUUUUCUUUUGUAUGGGGUCUGUUGGUACUUGGACCUAGACACUGUCGAAUAAACUGUGUUUUGUAUGA